AUGAUUUUCAUACUUUCGUGUUUGGAAGUGGAUGCUUUUUGUUUAGAUUAUACUCAGUGUGAUGGCUACUACUCUCCAUCAUGUUAUCUUUGCAGCUUACACAUACUAUCAUCAACUGUGCAACUUAUAUGCAAGGAAAUUAUCAGUGAUUCACAUAGACGUCGAAUUUUCUCGUCAGGCUGUGAUUUCAGUAGGAAAUAUAAUUGCAGGUGCUAUAAGGACGCCUUAGAUUUGAAAACCAUCUAUUUUAUUACGGAUGCAAAUUCCAUAGAUCAAUUUCCUUUAAAAACUAGAAAGUGCCAGUAUAAAUCUGCAAUCAAAAGAAAUAUUACCUCAUCACAUUUCAAAAAAUCGAUUGAAAGAGUCGAUUUCAAUAAUCUCUUUCCUGAUUUUGAACAUGAAAAUGACAUAUCACCUACUGAACAUAAUCUUCAUCUUUUUGAUUGUUCAAAGUCUAUAUCAAUUCCUCAUCAACAUGUUCUGUCUCCUAAGCAUUCGAAUUGUUCAAAUAUAGAUGUGUUGAGGAUUUAUUUAACAAAGCAUAUGACUACUGAACUUCCUCAAUUUUGCACAUAUCCUCAUAUAUUGACUAUUCUUUGUCAAUAUAUCAAUAUGAUCCAGUUUAUCAUACAUAUGAAUGAAGAAUAUUCAAUUCAACACAGUGAUAUAUUAGCAACAUUCAAUAUUAAUAUUUUAACAGAACUAGAAAAUGUCAUUAUUUCGAUUUAUGAAAAGUUUAUUAGGACUAAAGAUAAUUCCCACUUAGUAACUGUGGUAAUAAUUUGUGAAAAUUUAUCGAUUAUAUAUGAUUGUAUAAAAUAUUGUAAACAUUUAAAUCUCCCUCUCAUUAUCAAUAAUAAUAAUCAUAAUAAUUUAUUAUUAAAUUUGAAUAAAUGUUUAAUUCAAUGGUUUAUUUCCAUAGAUUCUAUUCAAUAUUUUUCUUUCAAAAUAACCAUAAUUGAUACACUUACUUAUCUUAUUCAUAUCAAUCCUCAAUAUUUCUAUAUUGACAAUCAAUGGCAUUAUGAAAUGAAUAAAUUUUUAAUGAAUUUACCAUUUACAAAUGGAUUGUACAUGAAUGAUUGUUCAUCUAAUGUAAAUGAUUGUCAUUGUACUAUGGAUACACAAUAUGAUAAUAAUAAUAAUAAUAAUAAUAAUGAUUAUUAUUAUUGUUAUAUGAGUUUAUUUCAUCAACUUCAUCAUUUAGAUAAACAAUUAUUACAUCAUAAUAAACAAACAAACAAUGAUUUCAUUGUAAAUAAUGAAUUUCCUUAUUUUAUUGUUUUAUUAGAUUGUCUUAUAUCACGAACAAACAUUAAUACAUUACUUGUUAAUAAUAAUAAUAAUAAUAAUGACAUUACUACUACUACUACUACUAUUAGUAAUAAUCUACCAAUUAUUUAUUGUUUAUUAUUAAAAUUUAUGUAUAUACAUAUCACAUCAAUUUCUUCUAUAUAUUUAUUAAAUGAUCAAUAUGUUCAAUGGAUAUUUAAUCUAUUGUUUAAAUUAUAUUACAUAAUAUCACCAUUCAUUUCGAAUCAUUUCAGUACUCCUCCUCCUCCUCCUACUACUACUACUACUACUAAUAAUAAUAAUAAUAAUAAUAAUAGUAAUAAUAAUACUAAUAGUAAUAAUAAUAAUAAUUAUUAUUAUGAUAUUAUUUAUACAUUUUUAAUGAAUUUAAUUAAAAAUCAAAAAUUGAAUUUAUUAAAACAAAUUUUCUACCAAUUUAUAAAUAAUUCAAAAUUUUCUCGAUUAAAAAUAAAAUUUUUCUCUCAAUUAUUGAUUCAAUUACAAUCACAAUUACAAUUGAAUCUAUUAUAUAAUUACAAUAAUAAUAAUAAUAAUAAUAAUAAUAAUGAGAAUAAUAAUGCUAAUAUUAUUAUCAUAUUAAUGGAUUACAUAAUAAAUGAUGUAAUGAUUCCAAUGAAAGAAAUCAAUUCAAUGGAUUUCAAUGAAUAUGAUUUAAUAUUAGAAUGUUUUAUGAAUUUAAUGAGAAUGAGAAUUCAAUCUAUUCAUUAUAUUAUAAAUGAUUCAAUCAUUCAUAUAAAUAAUUGUAAAGUAUACAAUGAUUUCAUGGAUAAUCUAUUGGAUAUAAAUGAUGUGAAUCAUUCAUAUUACUUGUUAAGAUGUUUAGUUAAUAAUAUUUUAACUGUCCAGUUGAAUCGUCCUUCAACAGUCUCCAGUGAUCACAUUCAAUUAUCGUCAAUACAAGAAUACGAACUAUUACAAAGUCGUUUGAUGUAUUCCACAGCUGGCUUAUUUUUUGAUAUUUUAAAUGAAUCAGAAAAGUUACUACACACAUCGAAUUCAAAGACUAUUGAAGAAAUCAUAUCAAUUUGGCAAUUAUUAGCUUAUCUUAUAUUAAUCUCUCAUUCGAAUUGGUCAAAUCCACCAAUGAUCAUUCAUUUAAAUCAGAAUUUAUUUCAUCAUUCAUUAAUCAAUGUUCAGAAUUCAAAUAAACAUUCGAAAAAAUCUUUUACUGAACUUGGUAUUUCAUUUAUAAGUAAAGUUAUACAAGUAAAGUUUUAUAUAAAUGAAAACUACAAGGAUCCAAUUACUGAUGUAGUUGAUUUGCGAAAUGUCAAUCAAUUAAGUUCUUUAAUUUUACCGCCAAUGAUUGUUUUACUUGAAAUGAUACCAAAUAUAGCGCCAUUAUUGAAUAAUGGUGAUUCAUAUAGUGAUAAUCAUAAUAAGUAUAACAAUUCAAUCGAUCAGUUAUUCACUAUACUAGAAGAUGCUUUUACACAAGUACAAUUUAUUAGAACAUAUGGUUUUAAUAAUUUUUAUGAGUUCCUUGUACAUUUUAUUCAGUAUACCUUUCAUGAAAAUUCUUUUAUAAACAACAGUACUACUAUUACUACUACUACUACUGCUACCAAUAAUGAUAAGAUAACAUUAUCUAAUAAAAUGUUCGAUGAACGAUCCCGAUCUUCUUCAUCAUUAACUUCUGAGGAAUUGAUAAAUAAAACAUCAAAUACUUGUACGGAUAAUCAAUAUUUUGAUCAAUCAAAUGAUACAAAUCAAAAGGAUACAAUAUACAAGUAUAAUCCACAAUCAGUACGACUAUUAGUGUUUUCAACAAGAUUAUUUAUUCGAUUAACAUUACAUAACUUAUCAUUAUUCAAUUGUUGUCUACAUACUAAAUUAUCAUUAUCUAUUAUGAAUAAUGUAAAUGCUUCAAUUAAAUGUGAAAAUCAAUUAUGGUCAAAUUGUCUAUCAAUUAUUAUUGCUCAUUAUUUUAGUAUAUUUAAAUCAGAUAUACAUGGACCACAUUCAAUGGAGGAUAAAUAUUUACAAAUUAAUAUAAAUCAUUUAAUUGAGGAGAUUUUAAAAUUAAUGACUAAUUUAUCAAAGUGUUCAAACUAUUCACAACCACUGGGUGUAUUAAGUGUGAAAUCUGUAAAACACUUUAUGCAGCUGAUAUUGAAAGAUUUAAGACAAAUACAAAAUAUUGAAGGCAGUAACAGUCUUAACAAAGGUAAUAACCAUAAAUACCAACACAUUACUACUCAUCAUGAUGAUGACCUUACAGAACAGGAUACGAAGCCUGCCACGCUUCAUGCAAUCAAUAGUAUAUAUCCAUACGUUACAUGUCAAAUGUUCAAUUUACUGAUUGAUUGGAUUCAAAUAAAUAAUGUUCUCAUGCCAACCAUAUAUACCAUUUGGCCAAAAUUAUUAAACACUCAUCUCUUAUAUUAUCAACAUGGACAGCUACAUUAUCCUAUUCUACAAUGUACUAAUAUGUGCUCUCAUCAUUAUUCUUAUGCAUUAGCAUUUGAAGAUAAUCAAUAUGAAAUUGAUACUCACCAAAUUUUAUAUCAAAAAUUAUUAAAUUAUAUUUGUCCAUUAUCAACCAUUAUUAAUCACCAGAGUAAUCAAUCAUCUUUGUCUACUUCGUUUAAUUAUACUAUUGAUAAUCAUAGUUUAGGAUUGUCGACCUGGUUUUGUUUACAUGGAAAACAGUUAAAUAAUAUGAAGGUUAAACCUAAGUUCAAUCAAUUAUCUGAAGUGGAUCUAUUUCAAUUUGUACAAUUAAAUCAGUUACAACAUUUCAUCAGUUUGGAUAUACUAUCUUCAUCCUUAUGUCACAAUAAUCAAUCUGGAUAUCAAUCAUCGAUAAAUACCAAAAACACAUUACCACCUUGUUCAACUAAUCAUAGUCACCUCUCACUUCAAAUCUGGAUAUCGUUUAUUUAUUCAUGUAUAUAUAUUCGUAUUGUUGAAAUGUCAAUCAAUAAAGAGAAUACAACAUUAGACUAUAAUGAAACAUCUAUAUCAUUGAAGGGGAAUACAAAUGAAAUUGUAUUGCUUAGUGAUUUAUGCUUAGAUUUUCCUAAAGAAUGUAAUAUUUAUGAUGAAUGGAAUCAUUUAUUUUUAUAUAUUGAAUGGAUAAACUAUUUCAAUGCAAAAGUGUCACUUGUAAUCAAUGGUUGGUUCGAAUCUAUCGGUGAUCUAAUAUUGAUUAACAAAGAGUUUGCCGAUUCACAUAUAAACUGUCAACAUCAGUUUAUACCUCCUGUGUUGCGUUUUGGUCAUGUAAUUGAUGUAUACUCUUCUUUAGAAUGUAGAAGAAAUACUUUUGAUUUAGGGAAUUUACUUUUGUUUACUGGUUUACCUUCUAAUGUGCAAAAACUUUCAUCAUCAUCUUCUGAUUAUGUCUUCAAAUGCAAAAAAAAAUCUUCAAAACAACAUCAUGAACAAAUGUCACAACAGUCAGACCAUCAAAAUGAAAAUUAUUUUAACAAUUCAAUUAAAGCAGUCGCUUUAUCACUUAGCCUUUUAGGUCCAUUAUUCAAUGGUUAUUUUGAUUCAAUUGAAUCAAGUGCAUACUAUCGAAAUUCAGCUGAUUGUAUACUUCAUGCAUUUAUACGUAGAUAUGCAUUAAAGGAUUCAACAUUGAAAAGUAAUCAUUAUCAUCAUCAUCAUCAUCAUGACUAUGAUUAUAUUAGUCAAUUAUUAAUAAGAGCUCAUUCUUUAAUCCAUUCAGAAUUUUGGUUAAGAUUCUUAAAAACAUACUGUUCAGAGCAUUUAUUCAUCAUUUUGUUAAGUCAUAAUCUAACUUGUGUACAAUUCAUUUUACCAAAAUCGCUAAUAUCAUUCCAUAAAGCUGAAUAUAAUGAAUCGUUAACAACGGAAGUGAACAACGAUAACGUGCAUGACAUAUACUUGUUAAAUUCCAAUGUUAGCCAACAUUACAAAUCAUUUGAUGAAAAUACAAUACAAAUUGAUUAUCGUCAUUCGUCUAAAAAGCGAUUAUGGUUAUUAAGGAGCAUAUAUUCACCUGAUAACAAUCAAUCAAUAUCUCACUAUGUUAACUACUAUUAUCGGGAAAGUUUUGAUUCAGUUUUUGAACCCCAUGGAGGUAUUGAAGUGGUAAUUUGCCUUCUUGGUGAACUUGUCUGUCAAUCACACAAUUCUGAUUUGAUUUCAUAUGGACUAAAAUUACUCUUUACAAUGUUACAUCAUUCUAGUAUAAUGUAUGCAAAAUUUUAUGCACCAGCAUUAUCACAUCCUGGUUUAGAGAAUUCAAUGGAAAGACGACAUAAGAAAGUAUGGUUAUUUCAAAAUUGUAAUGAUCAGCUAAAUUGUAAACCAGUUCCAUUAAGUUUUGGACAUUGUCUAUUAGCUCGUCUAUUCAAACAUCCAGAAUUUAAUAUGAUCUCAUCUAAAUCAUAUGAAAUUAUGAAAGUUUUACUAAAUGAAAUCAUAUUGACAUUUCCUGUAAAUAUUUUAUGUAAAAAAUCUAUGAACCAUACAUCAUCCAUUGCACAUUUAUUGAUCAAUCCAAGUUUAUUACGCUGUCUGAUCUUAUUCGGUUCACAAUCAUUCUGGUAUCCUUCACUGAAACAACAACAACAACAACAACAAUCUGGAUUUGGUACUCAGAAUUCAACUGAUCUUUCUAAAUCAACAAACAAAUCAAUUUUAUUUAAUUAUGGUUUAAUACCUGGAAUAUUUGAAUUAUUAAUGAAUAUUAAUGAAUUGUCAAAUUCAACUAUAAUCAUUAUCAAAUUAUAUAAUUUGUCUAUAUUAGAUAAAUGGCAAUUAAUUAUGGCAAUGUUGACUGGAUUUCGAGAAUUGUUCCUAGAAAAUGAUAAUCAUCAUUCAAUACAAAGAACAUUAAUGAAUCAUGAACAUUUGAGAUUUAUAACACAGCAGUGGCCAAUUACUUCAUUGAUGAAUUGUCUGAUAAAUCGUCUUUCAUUAUCCGUAGUGACAAAUGGGCCGAGUAAAACUGGAGCAACCUUGGAAUCAAUACAUAGACAGUCAUUGUAUAAUAAUAAUAAUACUGAUUAUAUUCAUUCAUUUUAUUGUGCAAAACGAUUAUGUCUAUUGAAUUUAUGUCGUUUAAUUAUUAAUUUAGAUGCUAAUAUGUAUUUAUCUGCAGCUGAACAAGUAUUUUAUACUAUGUCAGAUUAUAAUAACGAUCAUGAUGACGAUGAUGAUGAUCCCGAUCAUAAGGGUAAUAUUGAUCAUCAAUUAUUUAUACAUAAUGAUGAGUUAGAAACUAAAGUGUCAACAUCAACAUCACCAUUAUCCAUGUCUACAUCACAAAUAUCAUUAUCAACAUUAGAUAAUGAUUAUUUAUUUUGGCAUAAAAUUACACGAAAGUGUUUAAAUUAUACGGAACGUUUAAAAAUUUGGGAAUACUUAUCAUUCAAUCAUAAUAAAGUGAUAGAUAAUAGUGAUAACAGUACUGAAGACAAAUGUGAACUCAAUCAAACUUCAUUUGAAAAAAAUUCAUCUAAACUUUUAAUUGAUUCUUCUACAUCAUAUGAUAUAACUCGAAUACAGACACAAAAUUUAAGUAAUACUGAAGAUAAUCAAAUUAAAGCAGCAGAAAUUCAAUCUAAUCACUGUCAAUCAUUGUCAUCAUUAUCAUCACCUACAUCGAAACAACAAUAUCAACAAAAAGUACAAUUGUCAAGUAAUGAAGGAUAUCAAUUGAACAUGAUUGAAUCUAUAAAGUAUCCAAUGGUUAUUUCAGAUUCCGGUGUAAGUAUAUCAUCUUUACCGGUUAGUAGUGUUGAUCUAAUAAAUAUAGAAAAGGAUGUAUGUCAUAUAUGUGAAGAUAAUGAAUCAAUUCCUACAAAAGAUAUUCAAGAAGAAUUAAAUAAUUUCAUUGAAACUGAUUAUACUACUAAUAAAUAUAUAUUAAAUUGUGUUCAAUUACGUAUUGAACAAAAUAGUAUAUUUUCUAAACAUUUAAUUCAUUGUUUAGAUCAUGUUUGGUAUAGACAUUUUCCAAUUGAAUUAUUAUCAAAAGCUUUUUUCAAAGAUAAGCUGAAACGAAAUAUAAUCAAAUUCAAUAACAAUAAUGAGAUGGAUGGAGAGAAGAAGGAGGAGGAGAAGGAUGACGUCGACGGCGACGACGAGGAGGAGGAGCAGAGGGAUAAACAUGAAGGAUUUAUUAAUGUUUUCACAAAAAAUAUUUCACAUUCAAAUGAUUGGAAUCUAUAUAAAUUGAAAUCAACUUAUCCUUUAUUAUUGGAUCAUGUUAAUAGUAAUUCAUUAAUUGCAUCACAUUGUUCUACUUCAAUUCGACCACCUUUAUGGCUGAUUUAUAGUUUAAUACGACAUCCAUAUUUAUCUCAACGUGAAUGUGCUCUUACCGGUUACUGUGUUUGGUUACAUUUUGAAGCUAAUAAAUGGAUAAAAAAAUAUGAACAAUUAUCAACAAAUUCCAGUCAAUCUAUUUACUUUGAUCGGUCUAUUCCUGUAACAACAUUACAUCAUCAUCAUCAUGAUCAUCAUCCGACCACUAAUACUACUAAUAAUACUACUAAUACUACACAAUUGCACAGAAUUAUACCAUAUCAAUUAUCAAGAAUACGUUCAUUUGCGAUAGGAUUAUUAUUACCAACAUUACCGUUUCUAUGUAUAACAAAUUGUAAUUCAGAUAUUGAUUUUAAAACUCAUUAUUCUAAUCGUCAUUUAUGUUCUAAAAAAUUAUUAAAUCGUUCAUUAGGUUUAAUUUUACAUGGAUUAGAGAAAUUUUCACUCAUGAAUUCUAAUGAAAUAAUAAUAAUGAAUGAAUAUUUUCAGAAAACUAAUUGUUUAUUAGAAUCUUCUUCGCAUGAUGUAACUGGAUUUAUCUCUGAACCAACUUACAUUCAUCAGUGUCAUCAUCACCAUCCUAUUAUCUCUGUCGAAUUUGAAAAUAUUAUCAACAAUGCAAAUAAUAAUUCAAAUGUCAGUAAUGGGAGAUAUGAUCAAUUGCCAGCUAAUAAGAAUGCUACUACCACUACUACUACUUCUGCUACUAGUAAUAAUAAUAAUAACCGUUGUAAUAAUCCUAAUUUUCAUAAAUAUUAUCUGUUAUCUACAUUUCCAGUGUUAUUUUCAACAUUGAUUGGUAGUUUCAUUGAUGCAUUAAUAAGCUGUAUUGUUAAAUUAAAAAUAAUUAAUCGUACAAAGUUAAAAUCUGAUCAGAAAGAUAAUAAAGAUGAUCAUCACAAAGGAAAUCAUUCUAGUUCUUCUACGGUUACUAUCAAAAAUGAUGAUAAUGAUGCUGAUGAUGAAACCAGUACACCAGAAAUUGAGAUAUGUACUUAUGGUUUAGAUGCCUUCAUUAUUUUAUUACAGGAUUCAGAUAAUUGUGUUCUUAGUUCGGCUAUCAAAUCUAAUUUAUUACCAGUAUUGUACAAUAUGGCUUGGUUAUUGGAAUUUGGCAUUCAUGAAGCUAAUUCAUUAUUACAUAUGCAUAAUAAUGAUUAUCAUAACACUAAUAGACCAAUGUCUAUUAUUCCAUCUCUCUUAAUGCCUAUUUUCACUAGUUUAAAUCGUUUAAUUGGUCGUGUAAUUAGUUGGAUGAUAAUCGAUGAAAAAUUCAGUAAUGAAUUAAUUCCUUCAUCUUGUCCUGUAUUUCAUUAUUCAUUGAAUACAUCAUUACGAUUUCAAUUGAUAAGAACUUUUCUACAAUAUUUAAUUUCAAUGAAACCUGAUUUAAAUAAUGAAGAUUAUGAUGGUUAUGUUGUAAAUUUGGAAUCAGAAGUACAGUUGAAUCCUGGACCAGUUAGUCGAUGUCUUGUUCGUCGAGUUUUACAUAGUCUUUUAGAAACUUCAAUUAGUCAGUUAGAUCGAAUUGGAGAAGAACUUAACAAAUCAGUAGCCUUUAGUCAACAAAAUAUAGGUAAACAACAAGAAAAUGAUAUACAAACAGCUACUGAAGAUGGGAAUGUUAAGUAUCUUUGUGAAAAUUUAAAAUUACAUUAUAAUCAUUUAGUAUGGAUAUUAAAUUGUACUGUAAAUGUACUGAUUUAUUCACCUUAUCGAGAUGAACAAAUGAUUAAUAUCCUGAAUCAGUUAAAUUCAAUGCAUGAAACAUCCAAGCAUAAAAAUACAACACAUUCUCCAGUUUCUGUAAGAAUACAAAGUUUUCAUGUUGAUUUAGGGGAAGAGGUUGAUGUAGAUCAAAAUAUGAAUCAAGCUUGCACUACUCCUUCUACUCCUAAUCAACAUCAUCAUGAUCUUGCUGAUAGAAAACAAACUUCAUGUGAUCUGUCGAAAUAUUGUUUCCAUCAUGACAACAACAAGAACUCUAGAUGUGAGAUAAUGAGAGAGAGACAUUUGUUAUUUUCAAAGCAUACGAGUUUAUUUUUAUGCAUGCAUCAAAGUUUGGAACAAGCUAUUAUCACUUCAAUGUUUACUACAGCACAACAUAUUCAGAGUGGUAAUUUACUAAACAUUCCAAAUAUUUCAAAUUAUAUAACAACGAAUGAUUUUAUGAAUUUAUACAAUAAAGCACUUGGUCGAAUUCUUGUUUCACGUAUACAAUUACCAGAAUUUGAUGUAGCUGUUGAUUUCUUAGUUACCUAUUUAUUAAAACUAUUUAAUGAAGACUCUUAUUUGUUAAAUUCAUGUUUAGCAGCCCUGCCACCAAUGUAUUCCCCUACAUUUUGGAAUAAUCUAAUUGCUAUAAAAUAUUGGUUACAUCAAAAUCUAUCAAUAUGGUUCACAUACAUAUCAUCCAAUACAUUAGAUAUGCAUCAUAAUAUAAAUCAUGAUUUAUUAUUCAACUUAUCAACUAAUAAUGAAACAAAUAUGAUAAAUCAACAAUUAACUCAACUUUAUACAAUUAUUGAAAUGAUACUUAUCAAUAAUCAUAUUAUCAGUGAUAAAUCAAUACAAAAUUUACCAUCUAUAUUAUUAUCACCUUGGAUACAAGAGAAAUUCAAUCAUGUUACACCAUCUGAAUUGUAUACAUAUCAUGAUAUAAUUAAAAUUGAAUAUAAAAAACUUGGUGAACAAUGGAAAUUAUCACUGCCUGAUCUAAACAAAUUGAUACAUUUAAAAUUAUCUACAAAUAAUAAAAGUGUAUCUAUGGUUCAUGAUAAAAAGUCAAUACUUGUUCAAUUGAUACAAAUGUUUUGGCCAAAAUCAACUAAUAACAAAUUAACAAAUAAUGAAAAUCUCUUUUUAUCAUUGAAUGCUUCAUCGAAAAAAUAUUUACCAAGAAAAUUUCCUAUUACACAAUUGUGUAGUCAAGCACGUAAACAAUGCGUUGAUGGUCAUAAUGCAUGGUUAGAUGCUUAUAGUGAACGUAAACGUAUUGUAGGCCCAUUGGGUACUGUACUUUGGGCUCGUGUAGCUGAGCAUUUAAGUCAUAGCAGAGGAUUAUUUUAUCAUUCGGACUCUACUCCAUUUGGUUGGUGUGUUGACCCUGUAGAAGAUUCAUUACGUCAACAUGGUCGAUUUUAUUAUACACAUUUACCAAUGGCUGAACGUUUAAUACAUACAACUUCACGAUCGAAUCUAUUAUCCGCGCGUCAAUCACAUCCACUUGCCUCGUUAAUUGGUUUACCAUCAAUCAUGAAUCAUUCUCCACCUGUAAUUGGUGCAGCUUGUACAUGGCAUAAUUUACCAUUAUGUUUACCAUUAUCAUCUAUUCCAUUAAUACAAUUAGCAUCAGCUAGCCGAUAUCAUAUUCAAGCUGUUUGGGCAUGUCGUUUAGUUGGUAUUCUACAUAUUCCACCUAUUGAAGGUGAUUUAAUACUUGGUCAAACAUGGUUAAGAUUUCAACCUGAUCCAUUAAUGAAUAGAAAUUUAUUGAUGAAUGAUGAUUGUAAUAAUAAUGACAGUAAGAAUGUGCAAUUUAUUGAGAUUGAAUCAUUGUAUCCUUAUCAAAGUCCUUCUAAUCGAUUAUGGUUUGCAUGGUCUUUCAAAUCAAUUCAUCAUAUUGAAGCACGUCGAUAUUCAUUGCGUGAUAUUGCAGUAGAAAUAUUUCCCGAUGAAACAGAUGUGAAUGCACCAAUGCUUUUUGCUAUGUAUUCUUCUAAAGACAGGGAUAAUUUUCUCGAAACUAUCACUCCUUUAAUUGGUCAUCAUUCAUGUUAUUGUAUUCAUCACUAUUAUAAUCCAUUAUUAGUGAAUACAAAUGAACAAUCUGAAAUAUCCAAUCCUCUUUCACCGAAUGGUCACCAUCAUCACUAUCAUCAUUCUACUUUUAAACAAUUAAAAAAAUGUAAAUUACAAAAUGUACAACAAGCAUGGUUAAAUGGUGAAUUAUCAAAUUUUGACUAUUUAAUGAAGUUAAACACAACUGCUGGUCGAAGUUAUAAUGAUUUAAUGCAAUAUCCUAUAUUUCCAUGGAUUAUACGUGACUAUGAAAGUCUUGUGUUAGACUUAACCCAACCAACUUCAUUUCGACGAUUAGAUCGUCCAAUAGCUGUACAAGAAGACAAUAGAGCUGAAGCUGUAGCAGCACGAUUCAAUGAAGCUGAAUUACUAUCCAAAACAUCAUCUACAUCACAUCCAGAAGCAUCGGGAAUAAAAUCAAAAACGUCUACUUUAUCGAAUUUAAGUAGUGUUUGUCCACCAUAUCAUUAUCCAGCGCAUUGUUCAAAUGAAGCAAUUGUGUUACAUUUUCUUGUUCGUUUACCCCCAUACACUUUUCGUCAUUUACGUUUUCAAGAUAAUAAUUUCGAUGUACCCGAUCGUUUAUUUCAUUCAAUUGCAACAACAUGGCGUUUAGCUACUACUUCUGUUUCAUGUGUUAAAGAAUUAGUACCAGAAUUUUAUUUCCAACCAGAAAUGUUUAUUAAUCGAAGUGGAUUGAAAUUAGGCUGUCGACAACCAGGUGAUAGUGUAGAUAAUGUUGAAUUACCACCUUGGUGUAAAAAUGAUCCACGUUUAUUCACGUUAAUUUGUCGUGCUGCAUUAGAAAGUGAUUAUGUAUCAAUGAAUUUAUCAUAUUGGAUUGACUUAUUAUUUGGUUAUAAACAAUCUGGACAAAAUGCUAAAGAUUCCUUGAAUCUAUAUCAUCCAUAUACAUAUUUUGGCUCAAUCAAUGUGGAUACAAUAGACGAUCCUAUUUUAGCACAAGCUAUUGAAGGUAUGAUUAAUAAUUAUGGUCAAACACCGAAACAAUUAUUUCACAAACAUCCUCAUCCAUGUCGUAAAUUGCCGAUUUCUAAUGAAGCCAGACUGAAUAUGACGUCAAAAUUUAAAAGUAAAUCCACUGGUACAAUGUAUAAUAUGACGAGUCAAGAGGACGUUGGAGAUAGACGUUCUUCUACACCCGCAUUAUUUAACUGUAAUAAUAUCAAUGAUGACGAUAAGAAUUCAUUACAAGCAGCAACGUUUUCUGUGAGUGGAAAGCAAUACUCAUCAGUUAAACUGGACAACACACCAUUAGAAACUGUGAUUGGAUUAAAAUGGGGUGAAUGGGCAGGUAGUCCACAGGUGAACUCUUUUGAAAUAAUUUGGAAGAAACAGUUCAUCAAUACAAAGUUAUCAGUAUCGAGAAGUACAAAGAAUCCACUGGAACAUUCUGAACUAUUAAAAAUACCAUUUCUUAGUCAUUUAACCGGUUCUAUAUGGUGUGAAUUCAAUACGAAAGAUACUCAUUUACUUCAUUGUAUGAAUCAACUUAACAAUAUCUCUUCAAUAAAUAAUGAUAAAUUAUAUCAUUCUUGGAAUGGUUGGGUUGAUUUCAACAUUGAUCAUGAAAUUGGUGAAUUUUUCUUAUCAUCAUCCUCAUCAUCUCAUUCUACAGAAAUGUCAUCAUCAUCAUCAUCAUCAUCAUCGUUCACAACAGAUGUUCAUACUGGUUGUUCAUGGUAUUGGAAAAUUCUUCACUGUGAAUCAAAUGCAUGUAUAUGGGUAUCGUUAUUACUAGACAUUAGUAAUUUACAAGAUCAAUUGUAUCCUGUACCUUAUUUAAUAAAAUUGAAACCAUCUUUACUAGACAAUAGAACUUUAAAUAUUUUUAUAAAACGUUUACCCAAAGAAUCACAUAGUACUUGUAAUGCUUCUUCUAAUUAUCCUUAUGACGAACCUGCUGGAACUACUGAUUCCUCUCCAUCAGAACUACAUCAUCAUCAUCAACAUAAUGAUGAGAUAAACUUACAAUUACCAUAUUCAAAUCCUCUUCCAUUCGAUACUGGAAAACCUUUAAUUACUUCAUUAGCUAUUUCACCUAGUUCAAGUCAUGGUAUUCAAUUAUUUGUUGGUACCUGUUUUGGAUCAAUAUAUGUAAGACAAUUGCCUACAAAUUUAUAUGAUAUUUCAUCCAUUGACAGUUGGUUACCACAAGAUUAUCAAGGAGAAUCAUCAUUAAAUGAAAAUAAACUAAAUUGUACAGCAAAUAUUCAUAAACGAUCAAGAAAAGAAUCAACAAAACGAAAUAUGAAACAUUCAAAACUGACUACUACUACCCCGAUGAAUCCUACUCAAACUCUUAAUCAUUCUAUUCAUGAUGAGAAUCAUAAUAAUAAUAAUAAUAAUAAUAAUAAUAAUAAUAAUAAUAAUAAUAAUAAUAAUAAUAAUAAUAAUAAUAAUAAAGAAACCGCUGGUUUAUGGGAAAUUACCGGUUGGAAACAAUUAUAUGGUCAUGCUGGACAUGAAAUCACUAUUUUAGUAAUUAAUCGUAAUAAUAGUUUAAUUGCUAGUGGUGAUAAUCAAGGUUAUGUAUGUUUAUGGGAUAGAUAUCGUUUAACAUUAAUUAAAACAAUUAAUACUAAUAUUAUUAAUGAUCAUGAUUAUCAACAAAAUGAAUUCGGUGAUAGUUCAAAUAGUAGUCAAAGUCAUAGUAUCACUACUACUAAUACCGGUCAGGAUUACCAUAGCAUUCAUGAUUUAAAACAACCCCGUAGACGAUAUUCGUCUAAUCAUCUUACUGUGGAGAAUUCCAUACAUAAAAGUAAUGAAGAUAUACAAAUGAAGAAAAAGAAGUCUAUUUUAAGUAGUAGUAGUAGUAGUAGUAGUAGCAGUAGUACUUCAACAGCUGAUUUUAUAAAUAUCAAUGAUGAUUCAGUAUUAUUGAAUAAUUUUAAACGUAUUGAUGGAAUAUGCUUCAAUUUAACAUCCGGUGAAUUAGUUGUAGCCAAAUGGAAUCAUCCUAAUUUUAAUGUCUGUUGGCUUGGUUUAUAUUCUUGUUCUGGAGUUUGGAUAGCUAAUCGUAUUUUAGAUUUUCUAGCUGAAAUCAAUGAUCCAUUAAUAGAUUCACUUUUAUUACAAAUCUAUGAUGAUAAUUAUCAUCCUUUAGUUCCUAUGGCAUUUUCAACUGUAUCUGAAGGUCGAGGUGUGAAUUGUUUAUUAGUUGGUGGUCCAGGUGGUCGAUUAGUUUGGUUGAAUUCAUGGACAUUGGAUACAAUACGAACAUAUAUGCUCCCAGAUAAUGAUGAAAAUGCACGUAUAACAUCAGUUUGCUUCGGACCAUUGUUGAAUACUACUACUACUACUACUACUACUACUACUACUACUACUACUAAUAAUAAUAAUAAUAAUAAUAAUAAUAAUAAUAAUAAUAAUAAUAAUAAUAAUAAUAAUAAUGUGCAUUAUCAUACAAAUUCAAAAGAUUUAGGUGAAAUUUUAUGUCAAGGUUUAUAUGUAACUGUUCAAACAGGUUGUUUAUAUCACUUUGGUCCUAAAUCUAUACAAACAUGUCCUACUAUAGAUCAAUUAAAUAAUGAUAACUAUUCAUCUUAUUCAACUAAUGAACUGCAUAAACAUUCUAUUGUACAUUGGUUAGAUACAUAAUAACUGUGUAUUUAUUUUUAUAUGAUUGUUGUUUAGAAUGAUUUUAAAGAUUUUUAUUUUAAUGGACUUCAUUUUUAUUUGUAAAUUUUUUUCUCUUUUGAUAAAUACAUAUACGUUCUAUUGUAUCAUCUUGUUCGUUCUUUGUUAACUUCUAAUCUUAGCCAUAUCGAGAGAUGCAGACUACUUGGUUGGGGU